AUGGGAGGCAAGGGAUCGAAGGGUAAGAAGGCGGAGGGAAAGAAGGACAAGAAGAAGAACAAGGGAAAGGAGACAGCAGACGAUGGAUCGGUGAAGGCAUCGAGGGAAGAUACCGCGGCCGAGAGCAACAAUGGGAAGGAAAGUGGCGAAGGGCCAUCAAGGAAGUUGUCAGACGACGAGCUCGACCCCUCAUGGAACGAUACGGUGCUGUUCUCGACAGACAAGGGCAAAGUCACAAAAGAUGAUUUCGAGCUGCUCACCGUCAUUGGAAAGGGAAGCUUCGGUAAGGUGAUGCAAGUCAAGAAGAAGGAUACGGGGGAGAUAUUCGCGAUGAAGGUGUUGAGGAAGGAGGCCAUUCGAGCGAGGAAGCAGGUGGCGCACACCAAGGCCGAGAAAUCGAUCUUGCAGAAGAUCCAGCACCCCUUCAUCGUCACGCUGCACUACGCCUUCCAGACGGACGACAAGCUGUAUAUGAUCCUCGACUACAUCAACGGCGGUGAGCUCUUUUUCCAUCUGAAGAAGGAGGGACGCUUCCCCGAGCAUCGUGUGGUGCUCUACGCUGCCGAAAUCGUUCUCGCCCUCUCGCAUCUUCACUCGCUCGAUAUUGUCUAUCGCGACCUCAAGCCCGAGAACAUUUUAAUUGACUCAGAAGGCCACAUUGUCAUCACCGACUUUGGCCUGUCCAAGGAAAUCAAUCCCACCGAGGGCACACAGACCUUCUGUGGCACGCCCGAAUACCUGGCCCCUGAAGUGCUGAAGGGCCAAGGCCAUGGCUGUGCGGUGGAUUGGUGGAGCUUGGGCACCCUCAUGUAUGAGAUGCUUACUGGCCUGCCGCCGUUCUACUCGCAAAACAUCAACAUCAUGUACCAAAAAAUUUUGAACAGCGAACUGCGCUUCCCGAGCUACGUCUCCAGUGAGGCCCAGUCCCUCCUCGACGGGCUGCUCACGCGCGACCCGACCAAGCGGCUGGGCACAAGCGAUGCGGCCGAGAUCAAGAAGCACCCCUUCUUUAGAAGCAUCGACUGGGAUAAACUGUUCAAGAAGGAGGUUGAACCUACCUUCAAGCCCAAGGUCAAGUCGGAGGCCGACAUCAGUCAGAUCGACCCUGUAUUCACGUCUGAGAAGGCGGUUGAUUCCGUGGUCGAGACGUCUGAACUUGCCAAGACCGCAGAAGGCGACAAUGACGACUUCAACGGCUUCACCUACGUCGCUCCUACAGUCAUGGGCGCCGACUAG